CUGUGGAGGUGUUUUUUCAACAUGAAACUGGUAGCAAAUCUUGUCUGUGUGUUCACGUGCCUCACAGCAGUGGCUUGUGACCGCGUCUAUGUCCAUCCCUUCAAUUUGUUUUCUUUCAACAAGAGCACCUGUGAGGAGCUGGAAAACUUGGUCCAGGAGGGAAAGAAGACAUUUUUCCCCGUCUCAAUUGAGUCCCAAACCACACCUGCCUACGAAGAUGAUCUGAACAACAAUGUCAAGCUGGAAACCAUGAGCUUGAGCAUCAGUGGGAGGCAGAAACUGAGCUACCUGAAAGACUUGGUGUAUGUCCUUGGUGCACGGUUUUACAGUGAGCUGAGGGAAUCACAGAGGGGUCAAAACCUCCUUCUGUCCCCAAACAGUAUGUAUGGCUCCUUGGUGUCUUUCUACCUAGGUGCAUCAAACCAGACAGCAACUGAUUUGCAGGGUUUGCUGGGAUUUGUUACUCCCUCUGGAGACCCCGACUGCACCUCCAGAGUGGAUGGACACAAAGUCCUGUCAACCCUAAGGACUAUCGAGAGCCUCCUGGUGAAGAACAGGGACGAGGAGCUGCUCUCUUCCAAGAUGCUCUACCUGUUCUCCGCCCCGGGGGUGCCUUUGUCCAAAUCAUUUGUGCACGACCUGGUCCCCUCUGCUGACGCGCUCUACGUCCGAGCCAUCGAUUUUACAAACCCAGGUGAGGCCACAAAACACAUAAACGCCUUUGUGGAGGCCAAGAGCGGGGGCCGAAGCAAGCAUUUACUGACAGACCUCGAUCCAGCCACCAACCUGCUGUUCGCAGUGGACGUUCACUUGGCAGGCAACGUUAAGAAAGCUUUGCGGCUGAAAGAGCCUCAUGAAUUCUGGGUUGAUUCGAACACAAAGGUCUUGGUGCCUGGCAUGUCAGUGACGGGGACGUUCAAGUACAAAACUGACACCAGCAAGACCUUUGCUGUGAUUGAAGCUCCCAUCAGCAAGAACGCUGUGCUAGUGCUGAUGCAGCCCAUUGAUGGCAAUGACCUGGACAAGAUAGAAGCUGAGCUGCCUUUGCAAUCCUCUGCCUGGCUUCAGGAUUUGUCACCAAGACACAUUAAGUUAACUUUGCCAGAGUUAACAAUAGAAGGCAGCUCUGAUCUUCAGGAACUUCUUACAGAUAUGAAACUGCCUGCAUUGCUUGGGAAGGAAGCAAAUCUCAGUAAAAUAAGUGAUGCCAAUCUAACUGUUGGAAAGGUAAUAACUAAAGCCUUUCUCAAACUCAGCAGUGAUGGAGCUGAUGGAGCUGAUCAACCAGAAGACCCUGCAACACAAAAGGAAGACUUGGUGCUUCUGGAAGUAAUGCUGAACAAGCCAUUCCUUUUAGCUGUUUUUGAAGAGAAGUCCAAGGCAAUGCUUUUCCUAGGCAGAGUAACAAACCCACUGAACAGCGUUUAA